AUGGAGCAGAUUCAACAGGAACAAGCUACCUUCAGGGAAGAGUUGGAUUCUAUGAAAGGAAAGAUUGACCAGAUCCUCGAAGCCAUCCUCACGGCCAGAAGAGAGGAAGAACAGCGUGAAGCCGCUGCUGUCGUCAACAACAAUGGUCAAGGACAAGGGUCUACUGUCAUCCUGUUGGUUCCAAUUCCAAAUCCUCAGGGGAUGCCAUUGAACUUCAAUAACGCAACCGAAGGGAACGCUUCUCAUACAACCCCAGCGCCCGGAGUUACCAUUGGAGCUAUCCCGCAGGCCCAGCCUACUGCUGUGCAAAUCCCAGCUCCCCAUACCGAAGAUACUCUGAUGGAUCAUUAUGACGACGUUCAGAACUAUCAUGCUGCUAUCCCCAUUUCCAGUCCUAUUGCUGUUCAGGAUUCGGAAGCCAUGAAGAUGUGCCGAGAUCUAGCCGAGAAACUCUGA